AAUUAAUAUUUACAAGGUUUGGUACCGAACACCAGUAUGAACAACACGACAUAGCAUCCUGUAACAUCUCUCUUCCUUUUUCUCUAAAAGUCUUGAUCUUUUUUGUUAUCCCAAACGACCCACCAACCCCUUCCUUCGCUUUCAUUUUCCAUUGCUGACAACGCAGGCCUGCCAUAAAAUCUAUGCUCUUUAUUUCUUAUCCUUUCAAUCAUAAGCUAUAAGGAAUAGGAACAGGAACAGGAACAGGAACAAGGGUCAGGGACGCUGUUAUGGCCAAACAAAGCUUGCAGUUUGCAAGACUGUGACAUGCAGAUUCCGUAUUUGGGCAUCAUGGAAACUGGGAGAUUUCGCUCUGUUUCGAAAUUCGUAUUAUGCGCCAUUUCUGGAGCUCUCACGGGAUGUUUUGCCAUUGCUGGGGCCCUAACAGGGGCUAUAGCUGGUGCUUUAGCAGCUAAGGCUACUAAGAGUAGUUUUCUCCGGGGAGUUUCAUUGGGUGCCAUUGCCGGGGCUAUACUCUCAGUGGAGGUGUUGGAAGCUUCCCGUGCCUACUGGUGUAUGGAGCAAACUGGCUCACGGGGCGCCUCAUCUAUGGCAGAUUUCAUAGAGGAGCUUUUUCGCGGAAGGCUUGUGGAGGAAUCACUUACACCUGCUAUUUUAACUGCCUACAAUUUGCAGUUUGAGCAGGUUGGCACGGCUAAUACAGGCUAUGAUGAGAUUCAUGAUGCUCAUAGCUUAGUAGUAUCCAGAGGAUUGUCAGGGGAUUCAUUGAAGAAGUUACCCUACCAUAUGAUCUUGAAGGACAUGAAGACCGAGAAUACUUGCUGUGUAGUAUGUUUGCAGGACAUUGAAGUGGGCGAAAUUGCAAGAAGCUUACCUCGGUGUCACCAUACAUUUCACUUGAUAUGUGUGGACAAAUGGCUUGUCAAGAAUGAUUCGUGUCCUGUCUGCAGACAGCAUGUGUAGUUUGUUCCUUGGGCAUUUUGAGAUUAUAUUUAUGGGCAGAUGUAUAUGUUGUAUUAUUUGUUUCUUUAUCUGCAAACUCUGAUUACCAUAAAGUGGGGAGGGGCACUUUGUACAGUUACGUCAUUCUGUAAUAUAAUUUGUUAGAGGAUUUUAGUUAUGAGCUUGUGUUAGUAAUGCUAGUGCUUUGACCUAAUUAAUAGUAUAAUAGGUGUAUUAGGUUAUUGUAUUUUUAUAUAUCUCAUAUUGUUAGCCAUCAUUUUCUC